AAGCAUCCUACAUAUGGUAAAUAUAAUACUCGGAGGUAAUGAAAAUUUCAAGACAGCUCUUCAGCAGCAUCUGAGCAAAAGGAAAGACGCAGACACUGACGGUGCUGACAUUUUAAAGGACUUACUAGAAACAAAAAGUAGUGAAACAAGAAGUACUAGUGAUACCGAUUACUAUACCUAUCUUGAGAAAUGGGCAUUUUCCGCAGGAUAUCCUUUAGUAACUGUUUCACUGACAGACGUCAAUGAUACUGAUACUGUAAAACUGUCACAGAAACGAUUUUUAUAUCCUACAACAGACACAGAAACCUUCGCUGAAGAAACAGGAUGGUAUGUGCCACUUACCGCGACUUCUCGUGCAAACUACAAAUCCAGCAUAAAAGUCGGUACAUUCAUGAACCCAGAUCAAGAAAUGUUGUUCAAUUUUGGACACGACCAGUGGUUGGUACUCAACAGUCAAGGUGGCUGUUUUUACAGAGUUAACUACGAUGAAACCUUAUGGCGAAGAAUACUUGAUGGUUUGAGCACCAACAGGACUGAUUUUCACGUAUUGCAAAGGUCCCAAAUGAUAGACGAUAUCUUUAACAUCGCAAGGACAGGUGAUGUGAGCUAUUAUCUGGCUUUUGAAAUGGCGGAUUCCCUCGUCGAUGAAACUGAAUAUUAUCCUUGGUAUUCUGCGCUCAAUGCGUUUUCUUAUUUGCUCGGAAAGAUAGAGGAUGAAGACACUGAGCUGAAGUUAAAG